GAUGGCAUUAGCAGCAUCAGUGAUAUAGCUGUGUCAGCCUCCUUGACUACUGGAUGUCUGUAAUCGCGCAGAGGAAACUAUAUUUAAGAUCUGAUAUCUUGAGGGUAAUGACUCCAGCACUUACUGACAGACAGAAUGGCUGUUAAUGCUUUCUUCACUAGCCCAGAAGAUUUUGAAAGAUAGAUGGGUCUGUGAUGUACUUUUGUAAGACAGGAAAUGCAAUUUUUGGGGGUCUCUGGAAAUAGAAAGGUCAUGCAGCUCGGAACCGGUGAGACAUUACAGUCUCUAAGUCAUCAGAUGGGGAAGCUGAGGCACAGAGAUUAAGUGACUUUCCCAAGGCCACACAGCAAGUCAGUGGCAGAUCCAGGAUUAGCGCUUGGGGACUUCCUGGAUCCCUCUCCCAUGCUUUAAGCAGUAGACCACAGUGUUCACUGGACUCAGCAAGCAACUCAUUGCAAUAAUGGACAGUUCCAAGGACUCAUACCUGAGAAAUGAUGAAGAGGCUGUGGUGGAUAGAGGCGGAACUCGGUCCAUUCUCAAAACACAUUUUGAAAAGGAAGAUCUGGAAGGCCAUCGGACAUUGUUCAUUGGAGUUCACGUGCCACUGGGUGGAAGAAAAAGUCACCGACGCCAUAGGCACCGUGGACAUAAACACAGAAAGAGAGACAGAGAGCGAGAUUCAGGAUUAGAAGAUGGGAGAGAGUCUCCUCCUUUUGAUACCCCAUCACAAAGGGUGCAGUUUAUUCUUGGAACAGAAGAUGAUGAUGAGGAACACAUUCCUCAUGAUCUCUUUACUGAGCUUGAUGAAAUUUGUUGGCGUGAAGGAGAGGACGCAGAGUGGAGGGAGACAGCAAGGUGGUUGAAGUUUGAGGAAGAUGUAGAGGAUGGUGGAGAGAGGUGGAGCAAACCAUAUGUUGCCACACUGUCACUUCACAGCUUGUUUGAGCUGAGAAGCUGUAUCCUGAAUGGCACAGUUCUUUUGGACAUGAGAGCUAACUCCAUAGAAGAAAUUGCAGAUAUGAUUCUGGACCAGCAGGUGGGUUCUGGGCAGCUCAGUGAGGAUGUUCGUCACAGAGUGCAUGAGGCAUUACUGAAACAGCAUCACCAUCAGAACCAGAAGAAGCUGAGCAACAGGAUCCCAAUUGUGAGAUCCUUUGCUGAUAUUGGAAAGAAGCAGUCUGAGCCCCAUUCCAUGGAUAAAAAUGCAGGUCAGAUUGUUUCCCCACAGUCUGCUCCAGCCUGUAUUGAAAACAAAAAUGAUGUGAGCAGAGAAAACAGCACUGUUGACUUUAGCAAGGUUGACCUACACUUCAUGAAAAAGAUACCACCUGGAGCUGAAGCAUCAAACAUCUUAGUUGGUGAACUAGAGUUCCUGGACCGUGCGGUUGUUGCUUUUGUUAGGUUAUCUCCUGCAGUGCUGCUUACAGGACUAGCUGAAGUUCCGAUUCCAACAAGAUUUUUGUUUAUUCUUCUUGGACCACUGGGUAAAGGGCAACAAUACCAUGAGAUUGGAAGGUCAAUUGCAACACUAAUGACAGAUGAGGUGUUCCAUGAUGUUGCUUACAAAGCAAAGGACCGCAAUGACUUGGUGUCUGGAAUUGAUGAGUUUCUUGAUCAGGUUACUGUUCUCCCUCCUGGAGAGUGGGACCCAACGAUUCGAAUAGAACCACCUAAAAAUGUUCCCUCUCAGGAGAAGCGUAAGAUCCCGGGAGUGCCAAAUGGAACUGCAGCCCAUGGGGAUGCAGAACAACCUGGAGGACACUCUGGACCAGAACUGCAACGCACUGGAAAAUUUUUUGGAGGAUUGAUUUUAGAUAUAAAAAGAAAAGCUCCCUUCUUCUGGAGUGACUUCAGGGAUGCUCUCAGUCUGCAGUGUCUGGCAUCAUUUUUGUUUCUCUACUGUGCUUGCAUGUCUCCUGUCAUCACAUUUGGUGGUCUGCUUGGAGAAGCAACUGAAGGUCGUAUAAGUGCAAUAGAAUCGCUGUUUGGAGCAUCCAUGACUGGAAUUGCCUACUCUCUCUUUGGUGGACAGCCUCUCACUAUACUUGGCAGCACAGGACCAGUUUUAGUAUUUGAGAAGAUCUUAUUCAAAUUUUGCAAAGAGUAUGGGCUGUCGUACCUUUCUCUGAGAGCUAGCAUUGGACUGUGGACUGCAAUCCUGUGCAUCAUCCUUGUUGCAACUGAUGCAAGCUCCCUAGUCUGCUACAUUACCCGGUUUACUGAAGAAGCUUUUGCUUCUCUUAUCUGCAUAAUUUUCAUUUAUGAGGCCUUAGAGAAGCUAUUUCAUCUCAGUGAGACAUAUCCAAUCAACAUGCAUAAUGAUUUGGAUCUGCUGACUAAGUACUCAUGCAAUUGUGUGGAACCAGAACAUCCCAGCAAUAAAACCUUACAAUACUGGCAGGACUACAAUAUAUCUGCAUCUGAUGUGCCAUGGGGGAACCUAACUGUGUCAGAAUGUAAAAAGUUUCAUGGAGAGUUUGUUGGACGAGCCUGUGGUCAUCAUGGCCCUUAUGUUCCAGAUGUCCUCUUUUGGUCUGUCAUCUUAUUCUUUUCUACGGUAACACUGUCAUCCACACUGAAGCAGUUCAAAACUAGCCGAUACUUCCCAACAAAGGUACGAUCAGUUGUCAGCGAUUUUGCUGUCUUUCUCACUAUUUUGUCCAUGGUUUUAAUUGACUAUGCCAUUGGGAUUCCAUCACCAAAACUUCAGGUUCCAAACGCUUUUAAGCCCACCAGAGAUGAUCGUGGCUGGUUUAUUACUCCUUUGGGGCCGAAUCCUUGGUGGACAGUGAUAGCUGCUGUAAUUCCGGCCCUGCUUUGCACUAUCCUUAUCUUUAUGGACCAGCAGAUCACAGCUGUCAUUAUCAAUAGAAAAGAACACAAACUAAAGAAAGGAUGUGGAUACCAUCUCGACCUACUCAUGGUGGCAGUCAUGCUUGGAGUGUGCUCUAUUAUGGGAUUGCCAUGGUUUGUUGCAGCCACUGUCCUCUCUAUUUCCCAUGUGAAUAGCUUAAAACUGGAAUCAGAGUGCUCCGCUCCAGGGGAGCAGCCAAAGUUUCUUGGAAUCCGGGAGCAAAGAGUCACAGGGCUCAUGAUUUUUAUCCUUAUGGGCUCAUCUGUCUUUUUGACAAGUAUCCUGAAGUUUAUUCCUAUGCCAGUACUUUAUGGAGUAUUUCUUUACAUGGGUGCUUCGUCUCUAAAGGGAAUUCAGCUUUUUGACAGGAUAAAGUUAUUCUGGAUGCCUGCAAAGCAUCAGCCAGAUUUUAUUUAUCUGAGGCAUGUUCCUCUUAGAAAGGUCCAUCUCUUCACUGUAAUUCAGCUGAGUUGUCUUGUGCUUCUGUGGAUUAUAAAGGUUUCAAGAGCUGCCAUUGUCUUUCCUAUGAUGGUCCUAGCUUUGGUAUUUGUCCGAAAACUCAUGGAUUUUUUUUUUACUAAGCGGGAGCUCAGUUGGUUAGAUGAUUUGAUGCCUGAGAGCAAGAAAAAGAAACUGGAAGAUGCUGAGAAAGAGGAAGAGCAAAGUAUGUUAGCAAUGGAAGAGGAAGGGACUGUUCAGUUACCACUAGAAGGACAUUACAGAGAUGACCCAUCUGUGAUAAACAUUUCUGAUGAAAUGGCAAAAACUGCUGUGUGGAAGACAUUGUUGAUAUCCUCAGAGAAUGCAAAAGAUAAGGAGUCAAGCUUUUCUUCUAAAAGUGCUGAAAUCAGAAAAGAGAAGAAAGCUGACUCAGGGAAAGGUGUUGACCGGGAGACUUGUCUAUGA